UCACUAAAGUAUAUUUUAUCACCUUCCCUAUUUAAGCUUUUUAUAAAUAACGAAUGGCAUGAUUCUAUCAGCGGUAAAACGUUACCGACUGUAAAUCCUACAACCGGAAAGGAGAUUUGUCAUGUUUCAUCUGCAGAUGCUGCUGAUGUUGAUAAAGCUGUUAAAGCUGCUAAUGAUGCCUUUUCAGCUGGCUCUGAGUGGAUGCGAAUGGAUGCUUCUCAGCGAGGAGUCCUUUUGAAUAAACUUGCCGAGCUUAUUGAGCGCGAUUCUGUGUAUCUCGCAGUAAGCGUAUACUUUUAUUUGUCCUGUCCCCUUUAUUAA